CGCCAUGUUGAACGCUGUGGGAGUCACACACACAUACGCGCGCGCACACACAUACACAAAACACUAACGCGCACAUCCACACACCGCCUCGACCGUUUACUACUAAAUAAAGUUUAUAGCUCUCUCGCACGACUAGUUUGUACCUAUGCCGGGUGUCACCCCCGGUCGUCAGUGGCCCUAGAGCUUUGGUAAUGGAGGAAUUCAUCGAGCUGCCUUCCUUCACUCUGUGGAAAUGGUUUUAACAGACACAGAGUAACACAGAGAAACCGUUUCAAACGGAGAACGUGUGCUCAAACUAUUGCACAACACACCUUUUUUGUUUUUAAGCAAAACUGAGUUUAUUAUUUUUGAUUCUCAAGGAUUUUAACACUACACGCCAUCAUGCCAAGCUCAACAAUUCGGAGACAAAUGAAAAAUGUUGUAAAUAACUAUUCAGAGCCGGAGAAAAAGGUCAGGGAAGCAACUUCCAAUGACCCAUGGGGGCCCUCCAGUUCUCUGAUGUCAGAGAUCGCUGACCUCACUUACAAUGUGGUGGCCUUUUCAGAGAUAAUGAGCAUGAUUUGGAAGAGGCUGAACGAUCACGGAAAGAACUGGCGACAUGUGUACAAGGCCCUGACGUUGCUGGACUACCUGAUCAAAACGGGCUCAGAGAGAGUGGCCCUGCAGUGCAAAGAGAACAUCUUUGCCAUACAGACUCUCAAAGAUUUCCAGUACAUCGAUCGGGAUGGAAAAGACCAGGGCAUCAACGUCAGAGAAAAGUCCAAGCAGCUUGUUGUGCUGCUGAAGGAUGAUGACCGUCUGAAAGGGGAGCGGUCUCAGGCCCUCAAGACUAAAGAGCGCAUGGCACAGGUUGCCACCAGUGUGGGCAGCAACAAUCAGAUCGGCUUUGGCCGUGGCUCCAGCCAACCCAACCUCUCCACCAGCUACUCUGAGGAGUACGGCAAGUCUGAGGGGUCACCUGCGUCAUAUCAUGGAUCUACAUCUCCCAAUGCGUCUUCAGAGUUGGAGCAAGCCAGGCCUCAGACAAGUGGAGAAGAGGAGCUACAGUUACAGCUGGCUCUUGCUAUGAGCCGAGAGGCCGCAGAGCAGGAGGAGAGGAUGCGCCGUGGGGACGACCUACGGCUCCAGAUGGCUCUGGAAGAAAGCCGUAAAGACACUUCCACAGGCAAAGUGUCCAAGAAGAAGAAAGAGCCUCCCCAGUCUUCUCUGAUGGAUCUGAUGGACGCUGUUCCUCAGGGCCCUACCAAUCAAGGGAAGGACCCUUGGGGAGCAGGAGCCGCAGCAGGCCCUGCCUCAGACCCCUGGCAGUCCUAUGGUGCAGCCCCUAAGCCAGCUGCUCCUGUGGAUCCCUGGGGUCUUCCCAGUGCCUCUUCCUCAGCCACUCCCGUGAAGAGCACUGACCCCUGGGGGUCAAGCUCAGCUCCUGCAGCUGCUGAUCCCUGGGGUCCAAUGCCUGCUACCCGCCCUAAAGCCCCUGCCACAGUUGGUAGCUUUGAUCUUUUCUCCACACCAAAUGGUAGUUCCAGGGAGGACUUCUCUGAGUUUGACAGCAUUCGCUCCUCAGCACUGACAGGUGAUGGAAGAGGAAGCUCUGCCUUACCAUCGCAAGCCAGCUUGUCGAUUGGCUCAGAUCUGUUUGAAGUUCCGGGCGGCCCAACCAGAAAAACUCCAGAGUCUUUCCUGGGCCCCAACGCCGCUCUGGUCAAUCUAGACUCACUGGUCAGCAAGCCUCUUCAGCAGGCUCCAGUCUCCAACCCCUUCCUUGCUGGAGCCUCAGGAGUGGCUUCUGCUCCUACUCCGGCUCCUGCGCCUGCACCUGCAGCUCAGGUAAACCCCUUCCAGGUGAACCAGCCCCAGCCGCCCACCCUCAACCAGAUGAGAGUCAGUCCCAUGAUGGGCAUGAGUGCUCAGGGCUUCAACAGCAUGAUCCAGAGGAGCAAUGAGCCCUUGCCUCUUUCCUCACUGCCUCCAGGUGGCCCCGUCUCAAUGGUACCCAUGACCGGUAUGGCUCCCCUUGGGCCCAUGGGCCAGAUGAUACCAAGCAUGGGCAUCCCAGCCUCCAUGCCUCAGCCGCUCAUGAGCACAGGCCUGCCGCCCACAGGUGCAGCGGCACAAGCUGGCAGCACAACCAACCCCUUUUUAUUGUGAGGAACAAUGUAGGCUGUCACCCCGAAACCCACACAAAAUCUCUCCAAAUCCCCUUUCCCAUGAUAUCAACACGCAGUCGGUUGUGUUCCCACAAACCAGUGUGCUAUUUUAAGACACUUGGGAGUAGCAGUGGUGUUUACAGGCUUUCCACUGGCAGGCGAUUCCCUUCCUCACCUGCCAGAGAUUGGUACCACACAGCGAUUUGGUAUAGUUUUUUCUAAAUUUCCAAGAAACCAUCAGCGAUACAAUGUCUAGGAGUUUUUCCUCUCCCGUUUAAAAGGGGUCCUGUUUUUAACUUCUUUUUCAACUGCUUACUUUUCUUAUCUGAGGCUUGAAUCUAAGAGUACUGGUUUUGUCUUAAUUUUUCUAAUUUGUAGUCUUUCGAAGCGGCGCUCUAGAUAUAGCUAACACUUUUAAUCAAAGCAGCCUGUAUGUUCUACGCAGUGCAUAUACACUAUGUGUAUUUACAGUACGCUUGAGUAGAAAACUUGGAGCAGGGGUUCUCAAUCUCAAUCUGCUCUGCUCAUUUUGUAUGUCUCUCACAUUUGACCGCUUGGUUCUUUGAUUUCUAGGGCUGGGCGAGUAUUUGAAGGCGAUUUUUCAUGUGCAUUUUGUCACUAAGGAUGGUUCUAGUAAACCUCCAGCACUUGCUUUCAGAUGGAGCAUCGUUUACUACAGAUAGGUAGUCAAAUUUCACUGUCAAGCUACGCAAAAUCGCUUUCAAAACUGAUGAUCAUUACAUUGAUAUAGUCAUGUUGCGAUAACGACAGCUAUUUCUCCAUGAACUUCGACUAUGUAGUAUUUUCUGUCGAGUGUUUAAAAUAAAUCCUUUGGUGAGAUUAUGUAACCGCAUGUUUAUUAGUAACGCUGAGUCAAUGAAAGCAUUUGAAUCAGUAUUUACAUGAUGAGUUAUGGGGAUUUCCUUGGUUGUUUCUUAGUGGGCAUUGGGAGUUUAUACAUGAGAGCACUGGCCUGAUUUAUUGCUGAUCACACAACCGUGCUUUCCUAUCGAGAUGACAAAAGCAGCUUUGCUCAAUCGUGUUUGUGAUUUCAAUCACAAGUAAUCGCCCAGCCCUUUAGUGUUCUCUGCUAAUGAGCUGAUGAUCUGAAUUUAGUGUGUUAGACAAAGGAGACAUGCAAAUUGUGCAGUGCAGCGGGUCCCCAGGACCAGGAUAGAGAACCACCGGCUUAGAGGACACUCUUGUCAGUUUACACGAAAAUGAUUUUGAUGUUCCAAGCAGGGAUUUUGCACAUGCUCUGAUUUCCUUUCUUUUGACUGUUGGCCCACCGUUAGUCCUUAGCGUGAGAUGUGAUUGGAAAACGUUCACAGAGACGUGAGUAAGGCUAAGGACUAGUAAGCGAGUCUGUGAAACUGCAUGUGUAAACGGUUCCAAACCUGACGCAUUGAAAGGUGAACUUCAUACUGAAGUAGAGUUGUUCCUCCUUCCUUUUCUUUUGUAAUGCAUGAUGGGAAGUUGGUUUGCAUAUCAUAAUACGGCUCCACUUUUGUACACCGAAGCCUGUUUUUUACUGCUUUACAAUCCCGAGACGUUUAUUGGGUGAAUGGGUUCUUUUUCAGUUCAGUCCGGCUCACUAUUUGCACAGCACAGCUCUGUAUUUCGACAGCUAAUCGAUACUAAUGAGUAGAAUUAAUCUGCUUCUCGGCAGUCUGAAAUGUGAUCAUUUCAGUAAUGUUUUUUACAAUUAUUAUUUAUGUACGUGUGCGUGUAGAAGGGGCAAAAGGGAAACGAGAGGAUAUUUGUGUUAAUAUAUCUUCAUCAGGUCCUAAUGCGUCUUACUGUUAUAACCGACAGCUGUAUCACUAAUCACUGCUUCCUAAUGCAAUCUGUUCAUGUACGUCGGAGAAAAGCCAAGUGUGUGUCAGAGCUUACCAUUAACAAAAUCUUCAGUUCUGUAUGAUAAGCUUACUACCGCAUAGAGAAUGGUUAUAGUGUGGAAGGGGUCCCGGUAUGUGUGUUUUUAUUUUAUCUUUUUGUAAUAUGUGGUUUCAAUUGAAUGUUUGGGGUCAUAUGCAUCUUAAUGCAGCUAAAACCUGUGGUCGACUAGCAUUGUUCUGUAUACAAUUGAGUCACGGUUUAAUCAUUAUCUAAGACUUCAGCCCAAAGUGUAUAUUGUUUUCUAACACGUUAGCAUACAUGCUCAGCCUUUUAAUAUAUACUUUAAUAGUGUGUGCAUUAACAGGCCAUCGACACAAGCUGUAGAUGAAAAAGGAGACCAUUUUAAAAGCAAGGAUGUGUUAUGUAUGGGUUCGAGCGAAAUGUUCCUAAUUGUUUUAUUAUUACUCUUAAAGUCAGCGUGAACAGAAAGUUGCUGCUACUUAUAUUACAGUAUGUUGAUGUACUGAGACAGAAUAUUGAGUAGGGGCUUUAUUUUUGCGCAAACUAAGGGUAAGAGGGGCAUGGUUAAGAUUAAGGAUGAAGGCAUCAAACUGACAUUAACAGAAGAACUGCUACUCCAUAUGCACAAGCAAAUGGUCAGACUUUGAUUGAAGAUUACCAAACUUUUGUAUGGAUUAAAUUGCUCACUUAAAGAGUGACAAGUUUGUCACAUAAACUUUAAAUGACCAUAUUUUUUAAAUUUGAAAUUUGGAAGAAAUAUUUGGAGGCUAUGUUUUUUUUCUUUAGAAAGUGACUCAGAAUAACAAAUGUUUUCAUUUGUUAGUUGUAAAUUUGGGUUAUUUCAACAGUGAUCAUUUUUCAAACCUCUGAAGUUAAAAGAUUGGUCUAAAAAUGAUAAACAUGGUUGUAUUUUUAAAAUUGCAGCAGCUCUAAAUAGAAACAUUAAUUUACGUUUUAAAGAAAUGUCAUGGUUGUUUCCUGAAUAAAGCCAAAAAAAGUAGUUUUCAAACACAAAUAUAUGCAGUGAAUCCACAGAAACUGAAUUUUUUUUCCAUUUGCAGUACUGCACAUACUGUUCUUAUGAUAAAAUUAAUGCCACACGCCCUGUAAAUGUGUAAAACUGAAGUAUACUCUUGCCAUUAGGAUACAAUUACACAACAUUUUUCAAAUAUAGGCUAUAUGAGAUUUGGCCAUUUAUUUACAUAUUUUGAAGCCCUGAACAUGAAAACCUUUGUAAACAUUUGAUUUGAGAGUGUAAGUUUAGCAAAAUCAUGCCGUUAUUGUCUCAAAUGCUAGGUAGUGUAAAUGAUUUGGUCAAGCACAUGAGGCGUUUAGUGAUUCUUUACAAAGAACCACGGGCAUAAUACUUUGUUUUUAGUCGUUUUUAAGCAUUCUUGUAUGAACAGGGAUAGUUUUAAUAAUGUUGUCAUCUGUACAUACAACUUUUAAAGAACACAAACACUUUUUGUUGUGUUAACGAACCCUUAUGUCACGGAGGCUAUGAAUAGUUUCAUAUCACCGUUGGCAGUCAAUGUAAAGUAAAAACAGCUAUGGUUGUUUGCCUCGUGUGGUGUAAUAUCACUUUCAUUCAAGCAGUUAAGCACAAAAAGGCAACAUAUGCCUCAAAAGUAGCUACCAAAGUGACUUAAAACACAGAGCUGCUGUCGAUUUCUAACCGACUACACGUUUCUCUUUUCUCAUUCUCCUCCCGCUUUUCUUUCUUGCUGGUUUCCGUCAUCUGUGAGCUGGCGACCUCUGCUGGAAAUACUGUGGUAGUUUUGCCCAUGUGUAGCAGAUCCUGUGUGUCUCGAGGUCAAAUAAAUCUGCAGGCAAACUUAGGCAUUUUGGGGGUUGGGGUGGCCAAGACAGCUUUAAGAUGUAAUGCGCUUUUGAUGGACGUGAUGGUUUUAGCAGGCCCUAAUCCUGCUAAACGAGACUCCCUGCUAGUGAACAUCACUGUACUCGAUCAUGCAGACUAGUUCUUGCUCGACCAUCUUGUUUUGCUGUUACUGUGUAUCACUCGUUCUGUUAUUGCGUACUCAUUAUGCAUUUAUUGUGGAGGACUAACCUUGUGAACACGCAUAAUUUUUUGUUGUUGUUUUCCCUCAUGUUAUUGUGUCUGUAUUUACCAAACUGUCUCGUAUUACUGGGAGCAGGCUGCUUGGAUAUGUGCUCAACUUGUUGGCAUUAUAACUGUAUAAUAUAAUUUAUCAUCUGUUCUAUUGUAACAUAUUGUCGUGUACCUUAUUUCUGUGUAAUGGUUUUGUAGGAAAGUUGCAGGAAGAGUGUGAUGUUUCAUUGCCAUCUAAAACCGCAGCAAGCGAUAAAGGACCUGUAGCUGCAGUGGUAAAAUAAAUCAGUUGUAUCAGUGA